AUAAUAAUCUUGAAAGAGACCAAUACUGAAUUAAAUAUCUACUGGGAUUCUAUGCACAACUAGACCAUGGAGAAUGGAUCAGUGGUGAUGUCAUUCAUAUUGAUGGCAUACACUGAAAUGGAAGACCAUAGAUAUCUAUACUUCACAGGUUUCCUGUUAUUGUUCAUCCUUAUGCUAUUGACAAAUAUUAUUCUCAUUACAGUAAUUUACAUUGCAACAGCUCUCCAUGAACCCAUGUACUUUUUAAUGUGUAACUUAUCUGUGAAUGGGAUUUAUGGCACUAUAUCUUUAAUACCAUCAGUACUUGGCAAUUUAAUGUCUCAUACUUAUGAAAUAUCUCUGACUGCUUGUUUUUUACAGGUCUUUUGUUUACACACAUAUGGUUCAGUUGAAUUUAGUAUUUUAGCCGUGAUGGGCUAUGACCGGUAUGUUGCCAUUUGUCAUCCAUUUCACUAUCACCAAUUAAUGUCUCAUAGAAAUGUGUGCAUAUUUAUUGCAUUUUCCUGGAUUUAUCCUUGCAUUGUGUUUGGGCUGUAUUUCAUAUUAACUGUACAGUGUACAUUUUGUGGCAGGAUCAUAGAAAAAGUGUGUUGUGUUAACUUUGAAUUAGUCAAACUGUCCUGUUUUGACAUUUCUUUUCACAGCAAAGUUGGCUUUGUUGUAACUGUUUUUAUAAUUGUUCCCCAGGUCCUCAUGAUAUUAUUUUCCUAUGCACAAAUACUCAGAAUCUGCCUGUCUGCUUCUAAGGAAUCUCAGGCCAAAGCUGUUCAGACAUGCACCCCACACUUACUGGCUGUUAUUAACUAUGCAGUAGGAUGGUUUUUUGAAGUUAUCCAGAGUCGUUUCAACAUGAGUCAUGUACCGUAUAAAGCUCGAAUAUUCCUGUCCCUUUACUUUCUGAUAUUUCCCCCAUUGUUAAAUCCUGUAAUUUAUGGAAUUACUAUUCAAGUCAUUAGAGUUCAGAUUUUCAAACUGUUCUUUACUUGUAAAAAUAGGUUGUCUACACAGUAGUUGAUUAAGGAGUUUCAUAAAUGUUUUAUUUUUUUUAUACAUUUUUAAGCCAAUAAUGAGCUCAAAUGGAAUUCCAUUGUGUGAAGGGCUCAGUGAAACAUCUGGACACUGGUUGCUUUGCAACAGGACAAGAAAACUGUUAUUUCUUCCUGUAGAAUUCAAUUCCCUUUUCCCAUUCUACUCACUAUAAUACACCAGUCACUUUAACAUAUAAAGAAUAUAUACAGAUGGAUAUUUACUAAAGAAAGUCUGAUCAAGCUCCUUGCUCAAGGGUAUGAUGACAGUGCUCCACCUGGGAAUCAAACCAACAGCCUUUGUGUGAUAGUAAAGUUUGUGUUCAAUCACAUAGUUUUAGGCACCUUCUUGAUCUGUGACUACUGCAACUUGUUCAAUGUUUUUAAUGUUUUCAAAUCAGAUUUGAUGUCUGCUACACAAUGUAAA